CGCAAAUGGAGUCCACAGAAAUGCCAGACGGCGCUGACGGGAGGCGCUGAUAGAGGUCGAAAACCCAGCCGCCGACGUUGCGAAUCGCGUAAAAUGCCCAACCAGAAGAGCAGCAAGGGGAAGAAGAGCAAACGCACGAACAGCAGCGGGGACGAGCAGGAAAAUGGAGGCUGCGCGGCAGCAGCGGGAGGCGCGGCCGCGGCGGCGGCGGCUGCUGCAGCUACCGCUGCGCCCCGGACGGAGCGCUCCAGCGGUAAGAGAUGUUGGAGAAGUUUGGAGAUGUUGCUUUCCUUCCAGGAGAAACUCUGGCUUAUCUGCACCGGUCCCCCUCAGAAAUCCCCGUGCGACUCCCCAGGACUGUCCCCUCCCAGCGGGUUUAACUUCUCCCCAACGCCUGUGCUCGGGUCCGGAGGAGCCGGGCUGCGAGGUUCCCGCCAGCUGGGCGAGUUCUUCAAAUCGGCCGUCCACAUGGACCCCCAGAGGAAACACCUGCUGGCCGGCGGCGCUCUGAGUCGCCCCGCCGGUUCGGCUGGCGGUCCUCACCUGGACCCCGGGUCCGUCUUCCCGCUGCAGCUGUCCUUCGCCCUCCCGCUCCACCCGCGGCUGACCGGCGGAGGGGACGGGGCCCACCCUCACCCGGUGCAGUUCCUGAGGAGGCUGGACCUCUCGGAGCUCCUCACCCACGUCCCCCGCCACAAACUCAACACGUACCACGUCCGCAUGGAAGACGACGCCCAGGCCGGCCAGGGGGAGGAGCUGCGCAGAACAUCUUUUCCUAUUACCUUACCUUCUCAUCACCUUUUCUGUCUAUUAAUUUUUGUUUGGCUUUCAACAGGUCGAUUAAUGCACCUGUACGCCAUCUGUGUGGACUGCUUGGAGGGCGUCCACAAGAUCGUCUGCAUUAAGUGCAAAUCACGCUGGGACGGGAGCUGGCACCAGCUGGGCACCAUGUAUACCUACGAUAUACUGGCUGCUUCACCUUGCUGCCAGGCUCGGCUCAACUGUAAGCACUGCGGCAAGCCGGUGGUGGACGUCCGAGUCGGGAUGCAGUAUUUCUCAGAGUACAGCAACGUCCAGCAGUGCCCUCACUGCGGCAACCUGGACUAUCACUUCGUUAAACCCUUCUCCUCAUACAAAGUACUAGAGGCUUAUUGACAAACGUUUCAACACACGCUAGUUCAGAUGCUUUUUGUUCUCAUUUUCUAACACAAUUUAGGACAGAUCUUUAAUUUUCUGGGGCCUUAAAGGUGGUUUUAUGAUUUUAAGUUGUCCCUUUUAUAAAAAAAUAAAAAAUACGACGGAAGAAAGAGUCGAGAAGUGUUGAUAAAGUGUGGAGCAAACACAUUUAUCUGAGACAAGUGAAUGUAUCUGUAAGCCAAAUUUGCUUUUAUUUUUUACCAAAACCAAUCUUAAAAUAAAGAGAAAGAUUCACACUGA